AUGACUUCUCACUACUCUCGUUUAACCCAUCGCGACACGAGCCGAGAGCAUUUGGCAGGUGACUCAGUCGAAGGUGCAGCUGGUGCUGGUGAUGUUCCCCUGAAGAACAUGAAAGGACAUGCUCAGGAAUGGAGCCAGCCGGGGUAUAGCGACGACUCACUCAACGACCGCAUGAAACCUGACAACCCAGACUAUUUCCAUGUCCGGCCCGGAGUGACAGGCCAAAGCUACAACAGAACAGGCUCCGGAUUCACCAUACGCCCAACCGCAUCAUCGCCCUGGGAACACAAGCUCAACGAGAAACAUCUCCGGGAUGUGCCAACAAACACCGACACUGUCAGAUACUUUGACCCUCGCCGACAGACGCGCAGAGUACUUCUCGACUGCUUGAUGAUGUGGCUUUGGACAGCUGGAAUUUGUGGCGCUCUCGCAGGUACCAUGUACGGCUUUUCCACAAUCAAAACCGGACUCUCCCAGACACAGAAGUACGUCUACAACGCCAUGAUCACCGGACUGUCCAUUGUGCUCGGUCUGGCCUUUGCUGCACAAUUCAAACAGUACGCCGAGAUGAUGCGCUGGAGAUUCCUGGCCUCGCAGUACCGAACCAUCCAAGACUUUGAGGAUGUGCUUGGUUGCGACAGUUACCGAAGUGCACUGCGCAUAAUGUGGAAAGGUCGGCGUCGAGGCACGUGGUAUCCGAGCAAAGCUCAAGUGGUUGCUGCCAUUUGGAUACUCAUUUUUGUGGCCUUCAACACUUUUGCCGCACUUCUCGGUUUGACGUAUUCCAUCGAUGUGUCGGAAGACUUUUUGUGCAACAUCAGCGUGGCCGACCUUCAAUAUAUUUCGAGCCGAGAACAGCCCGACAACGGCAGAGACUACCUGCCGGAAUACCAAAAGGCCGCCGCGAAUCUCUGGGGCCAAGUAGGUCAGAAUUUUGAAGAGAUCACGUCUACACUCGACAGCUAUGACGGCUCGUCCUCGUCUGUCUUCACAAACGUAGACAGGGACUUGUGGUGGUACCGAUUCGCGGACAUCGGCCCCGACAAUAAGACAGCCAGCACUUCCACCAGGACCGUGACCAGUCAGGCACAUUGCGUGGAAUAUACGGUCCUUCUCGGCGGAUACGCCGGAUUCAACACGGACAACGCAAGCGAGCUUUACGAUGUCUCUUGGCAGGAUGACCAGGGCAACGUGUUCUUCGACUCGGUGACAGACGUGGCAACCGGGUUCACGACCUGGAUGGGCAAUUCCAGCAGUCAAAAUGUCGGCUGCGGUCCGCGCUGCAGCCAGAUUCUCGCGCUCCAAUCGGCCGACAACGACACGGUGCCAGUUCCUCGCAUGUGGGCGUGCAACAAUACGGUGGGGGAGGUGGAAGGCAUCGAGGGAAGUGGCUUCGACCAACCGGAGCGGCUCACAAUGCCCGACGACCAAGCCUUCUACCUCGCGGGAUCAAUCGGCUGGACCGGUGUCGAAACGGUGGACGACGAUCUCCAGUUCUUCCGGUUCGACGGAGACACGCCCUUCAACCCGGCGGGCAACGCCACGGCCGAGACCGUCGCGGAGCUGGUGAUGAAGUUCACCGUCGGCGCCCUGUCGGCCAUGGACGCGAGCGGGCCACGGCAGAUCGUGACGGGCCAGCUCGGCCCGCGGCCCGCGCAGGUCGUCCAAGUCAAGUGGAAGAACGCGGGGGCCAUCCUGGCGGGGAUCCCCGUCGUGCAGCUCGUCCUGCUCGUCGGCGUCGUCUGGUUCUCCGGCAAGGCCAUCAUCCUCGAGCCCAGCUUCAUGACCGCCGCCCACCUGCUCUACCCGGUCAUCAAGAAGGUCGGCCAGGACGGCUGCCUGCUCACCCUCGACGAGAUGGCCGACCGCCUCGGCCACGACUACCGCCUCGCCUACGGCGUGCGUCCCAACCCCGCCGACCCGGGCCACCACGACACCACCUUCGUGCGCGACCUCGACGUCAUCGAGGAGAAGGAAGGCUUCGGCUACAUCCGCGGCCGCUUCCCAGAGGGGAGAUACGACUGA